UUUACAACCAAAUUUUAUACUAUAUCUUCACAUUAUAAUAAAACGUAUAAUAAUGAAACAACUAAAUAAAUUGAAUAAUUCCUAAAUAAAUUUAAAAUACAAUAAAACACGUUAUACCGAGUUAAAAUUUUAGAAUUAUAUAAUUUAUCCAAUAUAGAAUUUACAAAAAUGUAAUAAAUUGUUUUCGUAUAUAUUUAAACAUUUUUUUUAAUAAUUAAAUUUAAUUUCUGUACUUAACAAAUUUUUAUGUAUUCUAAAACCUAUCAAAAUGUGAGGAAGCAGACAUAUAUUUAACCUACUCCGCUAAUAAAAUUUCAGUAUAAAAAGGACGAAGUCGUGUAGCGUUAUUUUGUUGUAUAUACGGAUGAUUUGUUUGUAAUUGACUUAAAAAACGAUUAAUAUCAAAACUUGUUGCUAUUUAUCUGAGAAACGUUAAAAUUUAUUGUACUUCCUAAUAUGACUAGAUCAAAAAUAGAGUUAGGGGAUGUAACACCGCAUAAUAUAAAACAGCUCAAACUUCUUAACCAAGUGGUAUUCCCAGUCUCAUACAAUGAAAAGUUUUACAAAGAUGUUCUAGAAGCUGGAGAACUAGCAAAACUUGCAUAUUACAAUGACAUAGUGGUUGGUGCAGUUUGUUGUCGUGUAGAUACCUCUGAAAAUUCUAGGCGUUUGUAUAUUAUGACACUGGGAUGUCUUUAUCCCUAUAGAAGGUUAGGAAUAGGUACUGUGAUGGUACAACAUGUUCUAAAUUAUGUUUACAAAGAUGGAAACUUCGACUCGAUCUUUCUUCAUGUUCAGAUAAGUAACGAAGGAGCUAUUGACUUUUAUAAAAAAUUUGGGUUCGAAAUAGUAGAAACAAAGGAACAUUACUACAAGCGGAUAGAACCUGCAGAUGCUCAUGUAUUACAAAAAACUUUACGUCCUAAAACAAAUCAAACGAAUAAUCAACAAAAUAAUCAAUAAAAAAAUCGUUAAUUAUUAAUUUAUCGCAUCUCCAAAACUACAUGUUCUCAUAGUCUGGUAAUAAAAUUAUUUUUAUUGUACUUCCCAGUGUGUUAUAAGUUAUAAAAUUAGAGUUUUAUAAAUAAUUUAAUAAAGUUGACAAAUACGAUGUACAUUACCGUAAAAAAUAUAACUUAACAAUUCCAUAAAUUAUUAAUAUACAUAAUAAAAAGUUCAUAAUUUUCCAGUUAUUGCCAAUAUUAUACAUAUUCAUUCUUUUUUUUUUUUU